AUGAAUUUCUUCCGCUCCAGUCGCGCAAACUCACACUUCCCCAUUGACGAUGGCCGGCCAGCAAAGCGCAUCUCAACUCCCGCUGGCCAGCGACUCUCCGUCAUCCUCGACAACAAGCUCACAAAGUCACCCGCCAACACAGCCAAAAUCAAUGUCACCACCGAGAGCACAUUUUGCAACGACCCAUCGCAUCAGCACGUAGGCCCCGUGCUGCAUGUUCACAAGAAUGAGAGGAAGAAGGGGGGUGUCUUUUCCGCCUUGACUGGCGGCAGAUUAAGCACGCCCAAUGAGGAUCGAUCCAACAAUGGGAGCAACCUCAGUGUUAGUGUUUGGAGCGACAGGGAGGAUGAGAAGUUUGGUCAUGUAAGACAGAGACGGAGGGGCAUAUUUGCCUGGGGACGGAAGAAGCUGGCUUUGGUCGUUGCUAUCUUGAUAGUGCUGAUCGUGGCUUUGGCCGUUGGCUUAUCAGUGGGCUUGAAGAAGCACUCUGGUAGCCCACCCCAAGAUACAGCAAACGGUUCUCAAUCGGCAGGCAGCGCAUCCGGUACCAACAAUCACAACCAAGACAACGGCGCCGAUUCCCCGACCGGAACCGACAAACCUCCUGCCCCAUCUCCUGCAGCCCCACGACCCUCUGUUCCUCCCAACUUUCCUGUCGGCGCUUACUCGCUUGCGGUCUUCCUCGAUACUGUCACACCAGAGUGCACCGCUAACCAAAACACCUGGACAUGCGCCCCAAAUACAGACUACUAUGCGGAUCCGCAGAAGGCUCUUACCGUUCUCAAUUGGGAAAUCGCCGGUUCUUCGGGAUCGUACAAAAUCUCAUCCAAAGGGCAUGAUGAUACAUUUGAUACGACCUUCCAGAAUGAGAACCUUGAGCUGUUGGAUCCAGGACAAGAGACGGAGCGCUACCGGUUCCAGAUUUCUCGCUCAAAAACCGUAAACAUGACCGGUACUCUUGGCGGCAGCAAGGGUGAUUUCGAGUGUGAUUACAGCGCAACAAACAUACAGGCAUUCCUAUACACCAAGAUGCUCCGCACUUAUCCUGAUGACACAAUCGCUGUCAAGAACACCCCGAACAUCCAGUGGCCAUUUGCUGUGCGCAUCGAGCAAGCUGUGGCUGGUGGUGAGGGUGUGCCAUCCUGCAAGAGUUCAUCAGGUGACAGUGUUGGCCUCAAGGCCCAGGAUGCGGGCACGCUAUGCUCAUGUCUCUACAAGAACUGGACGCCUCAAAAGUAG